ACUCCCCUAGACCUGUUCAGACAUUCCUCCACAAAGAGUUCAGCGGCUGACUCACUCUUCCUCCCAAACAUUCUGGGGAAUCAUGUCUGCUUUGGGCACCUUGGUCGUCUUGGGAGCCUUGUUUAUCCUGGUUUCCCCAAUGGAAGUAUUCACUCCCAAGGAAUUAGAAGCUUUGAAUGGCACAGAUACCCGUCUGAAGUGCACCUUCAGCUCUUCGUCACCUCUGGGCGAUGGUGUGUCAGUGUCCUGGACAUACAGGCCACUCGUUGGGAAUGAAGUGCAUCUCUUCUAUUACCAAAAGCAACCUUUUCCUCCACAUGAAGGGAGAUUUCUGGGUCGUGCCGUAUGGGAUGGAAACAUUAAACGUAGUGAUGGAUCUAUUCUACUGAGAAACCUGCAUGAAAUGGACAAUGGAACCUACCUGUGCCAAGUAAAGAAUCCGCCGGAUGUUCAUGGAGAGAGGGGCGAGAUUCAGCUCAGAGUGGUGUACAAAGCAAAGGUCUCAGAAAUCCAUAUACUGUUGUUGGCUAUUGGAAUUGGCAGUGCUGUAAUUAUACUGGUGGUCUUGGCAGUGGUUCUGUGGCGGUACUAUCGUACACAGAAGAGGAGUACUCCUGUAUCCAUGUUGGAAUGUACAGAAAAGUUAAAUGGAAAACCACACGACAUGAUGGGUGUCAUUGCCUAACUCUUGAAGACAACCCUUAGAAGUUCAGGUCACUUCAGUCCCUUCAGUGGUCCUGGGUCUUUCAACCAGCUUCAUAUUUCUUGCAAGAUUUAGAGCUUAAAUAUGGAAGAUGUUUUAAAGUGACUCUUGUAGAGCGAUGCAACUGCCAGAACCUGUGGAGAUCUUGCAGAGUCCGUUUGUGGUCUUUGGAUUCCAUUAGCGCCUUAAAAGUGGAUUGCGCUGAUUUUUUUUUUAAUAUUUCGUGUAUUUGAGAGAAAACCUGUUACUAUGUUUUAUCUCCUGUCAAGAAAAUACUAUGUUUGCCUGCGACUGAUAAAGCCUCUUGGCUGAAACUGCCUUUGAAAAAAUCUAAUGACUAAGGAUUAGAAGCGUUAUGGGAAUUGGAUGAAAUAUGACCAGCACUGCCUGCUUUACGCAGAUGUCUUCCCAUGUGCACAUCAGUCAUGCAUGUGAUUGUUAAUUGUUAUAAUGGUACCAGCAACAUCGCAUUUCCUACUUUUUAAACUAAUGUAACUGUAAAUGUAAAUUCUCCGUUUAUUGUAAUAGAAGCAACAGAAGACAUCACAGCACAAUACUGCGAAAUAGGAUGUUAUACAACAGUAACGUCGGUUCAGCACACCCAUAAGUACAUCCAAACGAGUAGUGUACAAAAAGUCACAUAAAGAAAGUAUAUAUACUCUUAUACAGUGAAAAGCAUAACAUACAAUCAGUAAGCGAUACAUGGGUGUAGACAUAAAUCACAGUGGUGCAGAACAGAAUACACUUAUACAGGCAGAUACCAGAUUAGCGAUUCAUGUGCGAUGGGAAAUCGGUAACCAUCGUAGUAUGAAACCAUCGCUGAGGCCGCAAAGGUAGUCCACAGCAGAAUAAACGGAGAGCCAAGGCAUAAUAUUAAAAGGCACAUAAGAACCUGUAUAAACAACAGAAAAAAAACACAAACUAAACGAUGCGCGUGUUGACGGUGUCAGUCGAUAAAAGGAAAAGAAUAAACAGAUUAAUGUAACUGUAAAUGAAAUAAAUGUGUUCCUUCUUUUAGAUGGAAAAA